GAUUUUCUCCUAGCAACAUCAACCACAAAUAGAUCACAAGCCAACAACGAAUCAAGUGUAAGUCGCUGGACUCCACAAUUCAAAUGCAGAUAAGGCGAAGAUAAGGCCGAUGCUUUCUCAUUCGUCAGAUGGAUACGCAACUUCAUCCAACGGUUCAUGCCCAACACCAUGGAUAUAGAAGCUCAUAUUCAUUGAUACUUCCCCCAGUAUAACACAACACAUAUCAAAUCACCACCCCACUUCCCAGCUUCCCAUUAAUUCUAUCUUCUGCUCACGUUACACUCUAGCCAUGGCUUCCUCCACGGCUGCUGCCGCUGCAUCAUCCUUCAUGGGAACGCGUCUACCAGACAUUUACACCAACUCUGGUCGGGUUCAAUCUCGGUUCGGAUUUGGCACCAAGAAGUCCGUACCCAAGAAAUCCGCGAAGCGUAACUCAGACCGGCCGCUGUGGUACCCAGGAGCCAAGGCACCGGAGUAUCUAGACGGUAGCUUAGUGGGAGAUUAUGGGUUUGACCCAUUCGGGUUGGGGAAACCCGCGCAGUAUUUGCAGUUCGAGUUGGACUCUUUAGACCAGAACUUGUCUAAGAACUCGGCUGGUGAUGUGAUUGGAACCCGCACAGAGAUCUCCGAUGUGAAGUCCACGCCAUUCCAGCCUUACAGCGAGGUGUUUGGGUUGCAAAGGUUUAGGGAGUGCGAGCUCAUUCAUGGAAGGUGGGCUAUGUUGGCUACUCUCGGGGCACUCACCGUUGAGUGGCUCACUGGAGUCACCUGGCAAGAUGCUGGAAAGGUGGAGCUAGUUGAAGGGUCAUCUUAUCUAGGCCAGCCACUACCAUUCUCCAUUACUACAUUGAUCUGGAUUGAGGUUUUGCUUAUUGGGUACAUAGAGUUCCAAAGAAACGCAGAGCUAGACCCUGAGAAAAGGCUGUACCCUGGAGGGAAGUUCUUUGAUCCACUAGGUCUAGCCUCAGAUCCAGAGAAGAAGGCGACUCUUCAAUUGGCAGAGAUCAAGCACGCACGUCUUGCCAUGGUUGCCUUCCUAGGAUUUGCUGUCCAAGCUGCUGUUACUGGAAAAGGUCCUCUCAACAACUGGGCUACUCACUUGAGUGACCCUCUGCACACAACCAUCAUCGAUAACUUGACAUCUUAAAAGCCUGAGAUGAGAGUGUUUUACUUGUUUGUAUUAAUUAAUUAUGAUGCGUGCGUCUUGUAAAAAUUAUCCGACCUUUAAUAGUGGAAAUUCUACGGGUUGUUUGUAUUAA